GUUGUCGAUCGUCUGUGCCUCCAAAGUCCGCUUCCUCCAUCUCUCGCGGUUGUUGUAGCCAAUGGAAACACGGGACAUGCACACAGUGAAGAGGAAGGUUGUCAGGCCUUACUGAUCUGUAAACAAGAGGGGGAGCUGGACUGCCGAGCACUUUACCUAGCGCAGCUAACAAGCUAGAUAGCUAGCCUUUUUUUCCCGUGUUUUGUACUAAAUUUAGGUGGGAUUAGCUCCAGAACUCCACCGUAAGCAGGAAGACAAAUUCUUCCCGCAGAAGCUGUUCUGUUGCACGCAACAAAAAUGUCGGUGUUUUCAGAAGCGGCAUUGGAGAAGAAACUGUCCGAGCUCAGCAACUCCCAGCAAAGCGUUCAGACCCUGUCUCUAUGGUUAAUCCACCACAGAAAACACUCGAAAGCUAUCGUCAGUGUUUGGUUUAACGAGCUCAAGAAAGCCCAGAUCCCUCGUAAGCUCACCUUUAUCUAUCUGGCCAAUGACGUGAUCCAGAACAGCAAGAGGAAGGGGCCAGAGUUCACGCAGGACUUUGCUCCGGUCAUCGUAGAUGCCUUCAAGCAUGUCGCCGGUGAGGGCGAAGAGAGCUUCAAGAAGCAGUUGGCUCGGGUACUGUCUAUCUGGCAAGAGAGAGCGGUCUAUGACAACAACUUACUGGACCAGCUGUCCCAGGUCUUGUUUGGAGAGAAGAAGGCCAAGAAGCGUCCUUACGAGGAGAUCAAAGCAACAAGCGAGGAUUUCGCCAGCCCGAGUUCCCCAGCAGAGCCCCCACAGACGGGCGAGCUGAUCCGAGCGCUGCAGGAGCUGGAGAACGCCGCCUCCAGUGACUCCGCCCUGCGCCAGAGGAUCUCCUCUCUGCCGGCCGAGGUGCAGGACACCUCGCUACUGCACCGCAUUACAGAUAAGGAGUCUGGCGAGCGGCUGGCGCGGGCAGUGGAGGAGGCCUGCAUGCUGCUGGCGGACUACAGCGGGCGCCUGGCGGCCGAGAUCGACGACCGGCGGCAGCUGACCCGCACGCUGGCCGUCUACCUGCAGAGCCAGAAGGAGGGCCUGUCCCACAACGAACAGAAACUAGAAGAAUAUAAGCGGAAGCUGGCGCGGGUAUCUCAGGUUCGGAAGGAGCUUCGCUCACGUCUCAACAGCCUGCCCGACCUGUCGCUUCUUCCCAGUGUAACGGGAACACCUGUCCAGCUGCCGGCCGCCGACCUGUACGACCCCGCUAACUGACCUUUCCCCUCCGACCCCCGGCUUGUUACAUGCCACAGCCAUCCUGAUGGACAGUUUUUUGCCCAGAUGCCAUCCUCCACUCGUCCUUGGCCCCCCUUCCUCCUCCUCCUCUUCCUCCCCCUCUUCCUCCCCUGUGUGGUGCAGCUAACUCCCAUCUCCGUCUUGUGCUCUCCCUCCCUCUGACACACUCUCUCUCCAUCUCUCAUGCACUUCUUCAUGAGUCUCUCUCUCUCUCUCUUUCACUCCCUCUUUCUCCCCUCCACUGCUCUCCCUCCCUCCCUCUCUCUUUCUCAUGCCUUACACAUGAGAGGACCCUGCCUCCCUCCUUGUGUCGCAGUAGCCAGCUAAAGGAUCGGCUGCUGUGUCCCGCUAAGUUGCCUCAGUAGUGCACUAGUUCUCGGGCGCUUGUUCACAGAACGGAGAGGCUAUCGGAGACGGACACGGAAGAUGAGCGUAUACUCCCAACUCACUCCAAAGCAGACAGCUGGUCUCACCCCCCCGGUGAAAUCCACUGACAAACCCCCUCGUCCAGUCAUCGAGCCUGCUUUACUUCAGAAGGAUGUGGGCACGGAAAUCUCUCUCGGGAGUUAUUUUUGUAUUUAAAUAGGGUUUGGAAUGUUCUAGAUUGGAAGAGUGAGAGAGAGAGAGAGUAGUGGUAUCCAAACAUGCUCAGUCCAUACAACAGCCGGUGUGGUGCAGACAGCAGUAUUUUAAUUGCGCCGCUUUGUUUUUGGUGGGAGGGCCGAUAAUGUUACCCGGUAACAAUUUUUAAUUUUAAUCGUUUUUCUAACAGUCAUAGGAUAUUCGAGGUGUUCCUGGUUGUGAAGCAUUGAUACCCUCUGCUUAGUUUGCUUCAAAUCAUGUUGAAAAAAAAGUAAAGCAGCCCAGUAGGUGAAUUGUUUAGUUUGUGGGAAACAUUGUCUUGCCUCUGCCACAUCUGAGUUUGACAGCCAGUACUGAUCAUUGUGUAUUCCUCAUUCCAAAGGGCACCUGUAGGUUCUAGGCUACAUUUGUCAUUUGUCUGUACAGUAGCUGUGCAAACAAUGGUGUGUGUGUGUGCGUGUGUGUGCUUGCGUGUGUUUGUUUGUGUGUGCGUGUGUCCAUCGUGUUGGCCGGUGUGGGCAGUUGAUGGAGGAGUUUGACAUGUUCCUGUUGUACUGUGUGUGUCCAGUCGUGGGUCACUGUGGGUCUGUAGAGCUCUGUUGCGUUCCCAAUGAGCUGAGCAGCGAAAGCCUCCCAGACGUCUUGUUUUUUUUAACUUAUUCAUGCCGUUUACAGCGUACUCCCUCUCCCACCCGCUCCUGUGUGUGUGUGUGUGUGUGUGUGUGUGUGUGUGUGUGUGUGUGUGUGUGUGUGUGUGUGUGUGUGUGUGUGUGUGUGUGUGUGUGUGUGUGUGUGUGUGUGUGUGUGUGUGUGGUCAGUGGGACGAGCCAAAAUAAGGUGGUGGCUGUGCUGGGGCAAAUCCACCAGGACCGGUCAUCUUUAUUUGGUCCCGUGUGUGUGUGUGUGUGUGUGUGUGUGUGUGUGCCUCUGAGUGUGUGUGUUUAGUUUUACCAUAGUAUCUUCACUGGCGAAUCUAAAAUGCAAUACUUCAUUAUCCAAAAGGAAAGAGAGUAGUCUCUAUCUAUACCUUGGUAUCUUGGUAUACAGCCUUCACUUCAGGCACAGUUAAAAUGCACAUAUGUAAAGUGACAGUCUGUGAUUUCUUACAGUCUGGUUCUGUUCUGCUGUCUAGUAUAACAUGUAGCCACUGAGGGCUUACGUUUCCAGUGAAAAAUAAACCAAACCCAAAGAGAA